CAUAAAAACUGGAUCGUAUGACAGUCGAUAUAAAAGCGAACUCCGAGCAUGUUGACAUUGUUAGUUGGCUAUUGGGUGCGCUAUCAAGAAAUGAUCCACAGGUGUCUGCACGAAAACGAACUACACCACCGCGCGAGAAGCCGAAGCUUCAAUCGUAUGCACGCAACCGUGGCUUAACAGGACGGAAGCAUAUGAAGACUGCAGUGGUUCGGGGAGUGUGAAUGGGAAGGAGAGAAAUUAUAUCCAAGAGAAAGAAAGAUCCAACGGUACAUGCCAUCAGCGCGGGCUGAAUCGGCUUCACAUCCAGCCGGGUUGAGUCAGUUGGUAUCUAACUUUCAUGGACUGUAAACAUAUCACGGAUAUCGUGAACCGUUGUGUGGGGCUGUUGCGCAUUUUCGAUAAAAAGAUCGCAUGGGCUACCAGUGUGAAGCAGCUCGAUGUCGUUGCUGACCAAAAUUGUUCGAGCCAAAUAAGUGUUCCGGAUAUUAAUAUACCUUUCUGUGUGUCAUCAUAAAAAAGUGCAUACCAAAACCAAGUCCUAGUGAAGAGUGGCUGACCUAUUUUUAGUGCAAACAAAAUCGGUUGUAUUAGUGAAGAACCUGGCUGAAGAAGUGAAAAUAGAAGUUAGCAGGAGGGAACAAAAGAAAGUACAAUUGGGCCAGUGGGCGGAAUUUUACAACCUGUUGUCUGCUGUUCAUUAACAGGUUUGGAUACGGCGCUAUUUCUGGAGCCUUCGGUGAAGCACAGCGCAUUGAUCUGACUGGAUGCUGACGAAGCAGCGCAUAAAGACCGGUUCGCACGUGCUGUCAAUGCUACAUAUAUGAUGUAGAUGCUGACUCAGCGAAGUUCAACGAUGUGGUGGUAGAUAGCACAAACAAUGAAGUGCUAGUUUGGAUUGCGAAUGAAUAACGCAUGAGUUUACCAAAUUCACUUGCGAAGCGUAUAUGACGAAUUGAACUUCAUGUUUUCGCUCUCAAUGUAGAAUAAGUUGAGAGAGAGUGACUAUAAUUCGUAAUUAGACCGCUAGUGACGAACGCUCCAAUAUGAGUGAGCUGGUUGGAGCCGCCUUUGGCUCAGUCGCAACAGCCGCUUCCAGUGUUGGUUGGUUCGUGCCUAUGCUGGUAGCGGCUAUUGCCUACUUUCAGUACGAAGAAUUCAUGGAUCCAGAGGCAAGAGUCAUCGAUGUACCGUCGGAUGCAAUGUUAGAUAAAUAUGACUUCAUAAUAAUAGGUGCCGGCUCGGCAGGGGCAGUAAUGGCGAAUCGACUGACUGAAGUAGAAAACUGGAACGUGUUGGUGUUGGAAGCCGGCGGGGAUGAGACCGAGAUUUCUGAAGUGCCAUUGAUGGCUGGAUAUUUGCAGUUGAGUAAACUCGAUUGGAAAUACAAAACGGAGCCAUCGGGAAAGUACUGCCUUGCUAUGAUAGACGGACGUUGCAAUUGGCCUCGUGGUAAAGUAAUAGGCGGAUCGAGUGUGCUCAAUUACAUGUUAUACCUGCGUGGUAACAAAAAGGACUACGACAACUGGGAAGAGAUGGGCAACACCGGCUGGGGAUAUAAAGAUGCAUUGUACUACUUUAAGAAAUCGGAGGACAACACCAAUCCGUAUUUGGCGAAUACACCGUAUCACUCCACGGGUGGUUACCUAACAGUGGGGGAAGCUCCGUAUCAUACACCGCUGGCAGCUGCCUUCGUGGAGGCAGGUGUUGAAAUGGGAUACGAUAAUCGGGACCUGAACGGCGCGAAGGCUACUGGCUUUAUGAUUGCCCAAGGAACGAUACGGCGCGGCGGAAGAUGCAGUACUGGUAAAGCUUUUCUGAGACCUGCGAGACUGCGACCAAACUUGCAUGUAGCCAUGUACUCCCAUGUGACCAAAAUUAUAAUUGACCCUGUCACGAAAGUAGCUUUUGGCGUUGAGUUUAUCAGAGGUCAAAAAGUCCACGUAGUUAGAGCAUCCAAGGAGGUUAUUUUGUCGGGAGGUUCUGUGAACUCACCUCAAAUAUUGAUGCUCUCAGGAGUAGGACCAAAAACUGAACUGGCAAAGUAUAGAAUCCCAUUGAUCAAAGAUCUAGCAGUUGGUGAGAACCUACAGGAUCACGUUGCACUUUGUGGCCUCACAUUUUUAGUAAAUCAACCAGUAACGAUUGUGGAACACAGAUACCAUACUAUGUCAACAGUUUUGCAAUAUGCUGUGCUGGGACAAGGACCUCUGACGAUUCUUGGAGGUGUAGAGGGACUUGCUUUUGUCAACACAAAACAUGUGAAUGCGUCUGAUGACUUCCCAGAUAUUGAGUUUCAUUUUGUCUCUGGAUCCACCAACUCUGAUGGUGGAAAUCAACUUCGCAAGGCACAUGGCCUUACAGAUUCAUUUUACAAUGCCGUAUUUGCACCUCUGAAUAAUAUGGAUGCUUGGAGUAUUAUUCCUAUGUUACUUCGCCCGAAAAGCAUCGGUCAGAUAAAGUUGCGAAGUAGUAACCCGCUGGAUUAUCCAUAUAUCUAUCCAAACUACCUGAAUGAUGAACUGGAUUUAAAGACCCUGAUUGAAGGAGCCAAAAUAGCCUACGCUGUAUCGCGGACACAAACCAUGCAAAAGUUCCAAUCGACUAUGAGUGGCUACAGAUAUCCGGCCUGCAAGCAUAUCAAAUUGUUCUCAGAUCUGUACUGGGAAUGCAUGAUACGGCAAUAUACGUGUACAAUUUACCAUCCUGUUGGUACCUGUAAAAUGGGACCAUACUGGGAUAAAACUGCAGUGGUAGAUCCGCAGCUUCGUGUGUACGGUGUUCGUGGCCUGCGGGUUAUCGACGCCAGUAUCAUGCCAAAGCUGGUCAGUGCAAAUACGAAUGCACCAGUGAUAAUGAUCGCCGAAAAGGGUGCCGAUAUGAUCAAGGAUUUCUGGAUCAAACGAAGCGUAGUAAAAACGUAGUCCAUAUAAUCUGUACUAUGCUGUAUAUAUGCAUUAGAGUGCUCGUAGUCGUAGAAUUUAUUUAUUUUGACUACUUAACGUACGAAGAUAAUGUGUCAUCGACUAGUUUUAAGAUUUGUAAAAAGUACGUUAUCCUAAGAGAACUUUUGUGAUCUGACAAUCGACAAUCAACUGGUGAGAUGAUUGUUAUAUGAUACCUAAACAUGAACAAUAGAAUAAUCAGUAUCGAAAUCCUAGAUGAUCUUAGGUAUUCAGAAAUUACGUAGAAUUCCAUGAAACUUCCUAACGAAAA